GUGCCACUUUCAGGUCUCCUCACACUGCUGGUGUGUUCCAUUUUUUGUCAUAGGGUGCUGGCAGAUUACGGGCCUCCCAUUGCUGCUGCCAGGCCCGUAAUCUGCCAUGGGCCCCUGUACCGCCUCCUCAUGCUGCUGCCAGGUCCAGAGUGUCUCAUGGGUCCCUGUACGGCCUCCCAUUGCUGCUGUCUCCAUCGCCACACUCUGCCAUGUGCCACUUUCAGGUCUCCUCACACUGCUGGUGGGUUCCAUUUUGUCAUAGGGUGCUGUAUGGCCUCCCAUUGCUGCUGCCUCCACCGCCACACUGUGGCUCCACACUCUGGUUUUGGCCCCGUGACUGCCCAAAUGAGUGAAGUGUGCGGUGAUUCUAAGAUCAACGGCACUCAUCUGCAUGUCAUACUG